AUGGACGUCGCAGCACACACCAAGAAACAGAAGAUCAAUGGGGCAACCAUCCGAAUCCUGGCCUUUGUCGGCUUCGGCACCCUGUCGUCAGGCUACUCGGCGGCCAUCAUUGGGACAACGCUCGGCCAACCCUCCUUCAGCGAAUACUUUGAGCUCGACAAGAGGUCCGACGCGACUGCUUUGAUCUCAGCCAUGAACGGUCUCUUCUUUGCUGGCAGUACAAUCGGAGUGUUGAUUGUUCCAUAUAUCAGUGACAGAUGGGGUCGUAAAUGGGCAAUUACAGUGGCGGCGAUUGUCAAUCUGAUAUCUGGUGCCUUGCUGGCGGGAAGUGUCCACGUCGGCAUGUUCCUCACCUUCCGUUUCUUCGCAGGCGCCUCGUCGUACAUGCUUCUCAGUUCUAUUCCACUUUGGAUCUCGGAGGUGGUCCCCCCUCGCUUCCGCGCGGCGCUGGUUGACUUUGGCGCCGUCUUUGGAAUCAUUGGGUACUUCAUCCAAGGAUGGAUCGGCUACGGGUUCUUCUUCUGGAAAUCCGGGGGCCUGCACGCGUGGCGGAUCCCUCUCGCUCUGGCCUGCCCCUGGCCGAUCUUCCUUCUUUCGGGUAUAUAUUGGCUCCCGGAAAGUCCUCGAUGGCUGGUCAUGCAAGACCGUGCCGCCGAAGCCAAGGAGAUCAUCUACCGCCUGCACGCGGACCCCAAGAAUCCCAACAAUGACUACGCCGCUGCCGAGUUUUACCAGAUCAACAAGCAACUGGCCAUUGACCGAACGCUGGGAAACUCGUGGAUGGACAUGAUCAGGAAACCGUCAUACCGCAAACGCUGCUACCUUUGCAUCGCCACCGCGGCGCUCAUCCAAUGUUCAGGACCGCUGGUUAUCAAUAACUACGGGCCGUCUAUCUAUAAAAACCUGGGGUUCGAUGCCGAAAAGCAGCUGCUCUACCCAGCUGCAUGUCUAACUCUAGCCCUCGGCGCCAAUAUAAUCGGCAUGUUUACUGUCGACUUGUUCUCCCGCCCCUGGUUCAUCGGCACCGGCCUCAUCGGUUGUGAGCUCUGUCUGAUCGUCGAAGCCGCACUGGUGUCGAACUUUGUCAACACCGACAACAAGUCCGCGCUCUUGGCCGCAGUGGCAAUGUUUUUCAUCUUCCAGCUCCCCUACGGAAUUCAACUUGAUGGCACCCAAUUCUCCUACUUCAAUGAAAUAUUCCCGUCACACCUUCGAGCUAAAGGCGUCUCGAUUGGCUUCGCCGUGAUCGCGGCCAUGAACGUCAUGUGGCUAUCUGUCACCCCAACCGCAUUCAACCACAUCGGAUGGAAGUAUUACCUGUGCUUCAUCAUUCCCGGCACCUUGGGCGCCAUCUGCAUCAUCCUCUUCUUCCCAGACACCAUGGGCAAACCACUCGAGGAGAUUGGCGCCCUCUUCGGCGACGAGGACGAAGUGGCUGUUUACCAGCGCGACAUUGUUCUAGACGCGAACAGGAAUGUGCUGGUCGACCACGCGCACGGCGACGAUGUCAUUGACGACGUCAUGCUCGAGAAGGAGGGAAAAGUCCAUGCGGAGGGCGUCACUAGAGUCGCAAGUGACGUCUGA